UGCGGCGGCGGCCUUCCCGGGAGAUCGCCCAGGUUUUUCUGAGAGCAAGGCUGUCCCUCGGUCUCCGGUCCCAAUGCCCCGGCUCAUCCUUGUCUACACUCUCAUCUGCGCAAACUUUUGCAGCUACCGGGACACUUCUGCAGCCCCGCAGAGCGCAUCCAUCAAAGCUUUGCGCAACGCCAACCUCAGGCGAGAUGAGAGCAAUCACCUCACAGACUUGUACCGGAGAGACGAAACCGUCCAGGUGACAGGCAAUGGCCACGUGCAGAGCCCCCGCUUCCCAAACAGCUACCCCCGGAACCUGCUUCUGACAUGGCGGCUCCAUUCCCAGGAGAAAACAAGGAUACAGCUCGCCUUCGACAAUCAGUUUGGACUAGAGGAAGCAGAAAAUGAUAUCUGUAGAUAUGACUUUGUGGAAGUUGAAGAUGUAUCUGAAACCAGUACCAUUAUUAGAGGACGAUGGUGUGGACACAAGGAAGUUCCUCCAAGGAUAACAUCAAGAACAAACCAAAUUAAAAUAACAUUUAAGUCAGAUGACUACUUUGUGGCUAAGCCUGGAUUCAAGAUUUAUUAUUCUGUUGUGGAAGAUUUCCAACCCGCAGAAGCCUCGGAGACCAACUGGGAGUCGGUCACAAGCUCUGUCUCAGGGGUCUCCUAUCACUCUCCAUCAGUAACUGACACCACUCUCACUGCGGACGCUCUGGAUAAAACAAUUGCACAAUUUGAUACGGUGGAAGAUCUGCUCAAGCACUUCAGUCCUGAGUCCUGGCAAGAAGAUCUUGAGAAUCUAUAUUUGGACACCCCUCAUCAUCGAGGCCGGUCAUACCGCGACAGGAAGUCAAAAGUGGACCUGGACAGGCUCAAUGAUGACGCCAAGCGUUACAGCUGCACUCCCAGGAACUACUCCGUCAACUUGCGAGAGGAGCUGAAGCUGACCAGCGUGGUCUUCUUCCCGCGGUGCCUCCUUGUGCAGCGCUGCGGAGGGAACUGUGGCUGCGGCACUGUCAACCGCAAGUCCUGCAAGUGCACUUCGGGGAAAACCGUGAAGAAGUAUCACGAGGUAUUAAAGUUUGAUCCUGGCCAUCUCAGGAGGAGGGGUAGAUCGAACGCCAUGGCUCUCGUUGACAUCCAGUUGGAUCACCAUGAGCGGUGUGAUUGUAUCUGCAGCUCCAGACCACCUCGAUAAGAGAAUAUGCAUGUUCAACUAAUCAUGGAAAAUCCUUUAGUUCAGUGGUUGACAAACUGCGGCUCGCGAGCCACAUGUGGCUCUUUGGCCCCUUUAGUGUGGCUCUUCCACAAAAUACCAC